AUUUGGCAGUAUUUCAGUAUUUCGGCGGUCCCCGAUCGAAAACCACUUUCACUUCAGCCACGGAGUUUCAGCGCUGCGGUUUUCAGCUGAUCAGUCGCAUUGUUUACUCGGAGAGCGCGAUGGAGAUCGAGGGGGUUACGGAGCAGUUCGAGGAGUUUAAGGACAAUGCCGUGCAGGAUAUUCUCAAGGAAAGUGUGGAUGUGGAAAUUAGUCAAAGCUCCGAAUCGUCGGAGUCCAUACAGUCAAGACUGCUAUCCCCGUUCCUCAAUAACCUGUCAGAACUGACGGAUGACCUAAUUUUAACCUCGGCAGCCAGCGUAAAUCCCCACAUUCUUGAAACCUUCAAUAUAUCAUGCAUAGUAUCGUGUGCCCCUGAACUGCCUUACACCCCUCUACAAGAUGACGUCAUUUACCACCGGAUAAACAUCAUCGACUCUGGUAACUCAAGAAUACUCCCGUUUUUUGAUGAAACAGCAGAUUUGAUCCAUGAAGUCUGUAGUGCAGGAAAGAAGACUCUGGUAUACUGCGUAGCAGGAGUCAGUCGAUCAGCCACCAUUUGCAUAGCCUACCUGAUGAAGCACCACCAACUACCUUUACUGGAAGCCUACAACUUCGUUAAGCUUCGACGGCCGAGGAUAAAGCCCAAUUGUGGGUUUUUCAAGCAACUGAUCGAGUACGAAAAACAGUUGUUCGGAUCCAAUACGGUCCAUAUGGUAUUCAACGAGUGCGUGCAGAUGGAAAUACCUGAUGUAUACGACAAUGAAUACAGGAUAAUAACAAAUUGUUCGAAGAAACGGUGUAGCAGUGGACGUCAUUAAUAUUUGUAGCUCUCUUUCGUCACAGGUUUAGGGCAUAUUGUUAAUAAAUGAUUUAUAAAUUAGUGUUUAGGGAUGACUUAAAUCGGUCUAAGUUCAAGGAAAUGUACGAAAAACCGUGGACCAAAAAAUGUAUAGGUAUGAAACGUGAGAUACUACCUAGAGAAUUUUUUUCUAAAUUUUAAUAUUUAAAAAUAAGUAAAUCAAAUGUUCAGCUUCAAGUUCAAUUAUAUCAGUAAAUGGUAGAGAAGGAAAACAGGAAUAUAUUUUGUUUGUGGUAAAACUCCGUUACUUGUACUAAAUAUCCAAAUCAUAUAAACAUUUCUCUACUCUUUCUAUUUGAGUUCUAUGCAGUUUGUUAAUCUUUGAUACUUCCAAACUGACAGACCAUUUAGUAUCGCAACUUUUAGGAUUAUCAUUAUCAUGUUCAAUCUUUAAUCACACACAAGAGUUGAGGUUUUUAUCAAAUAAGUAUUUAACUUUUUUUGAUAGAAACCUUUAACGAAUUAAUUCAAAUAAUUAUAUUUUCCAUAUUGUUAGACCUUAAAGGUUUUAUUGUUUUCAAUAUAAAUUGUUCAACGUCUGCAAUAUCAACUUACAAAGGCUAACAAUUUUAUUCUACAAAAAUGUAGCUUUUAGCUUUCUUAAUUUAUGCACCAAAAUAGAAAUACACAUAAAGAUAAUGAAUGCGUGAGGUUCGCCAGGAUUAAGUAUUCGGAAUAGGGUAGGUCUCAUGAUUCAUAUCUCUUAACUGUUUCAUCAUGGACUAAUUGCCGACUAAUUUUGUCUAACCUUGACUUGGUAAAACAAUAGCUUGGUUUAAAGACCGAUAAUUCCAUAUUUCAUAAGGCAGUUUAUAGUACUGUAAUAACAGUUGGGCUUUCUCUAUUUUUUAAUUAUUUCACAUUGUACAUAUUUUUCUUCGUUAUUAUAUAUUUCUAUUUAGGAAAUAACUUAGAGGAAGUUCAGUUUUGAGGAGGAAGAAUAAUUUUACUAUUGUAAAAUCUGGGACCAAAGUAUUUUUUAAAUAUUUUAAAAUAAAUAUUCAUUUAUU